CUCCGCCCCCCCCCAUCAUCCUCCCAUCUUUCUCGUAAAACCUUCCGUCCUGCCGCCUUCGCUUCCGUUUUUUGCGGCGGCUCCGGCUAUCGAAACCCUAGAGGAUAGAGAGAGAAAGUAGAGCGGAUCCAUGGCAGAGAAGGCGGCAGCAGCGGCGGCGGUUAAGGUGAAUGGAUCGGUGGCGGAGAAGGAGGUGCCGCCGGCGAUCGGCGGGGCGACGAAUCCGAUGGUGACCGCGCUGCUUACGGACCUCUACCAGUUUACCAUGGCCUACGCCUACUGGAAGGCCGGGAAGCAUCAAGACCGGGCCGUGUUUGAUCUGUACUUCCGAAAGAACCCCUUCGGCGGUGAAUACACUGUAUUUGCUGGUUUGGAAGAAUGCAUCCGUUUUGUUGCCAAUUUCAAACUUGAGGAAGAGGAAAUCUCUUUCCUGCGCUCAGUCAUGCCUACAUGUGAGGAUGGGUUCUUUGAUUAUCUCAGGGAAGUUGACUGCUCCAAUGUUGAGGUGUGUGCUAUUCCUGAGGGUUCUGUUGUUUUCCCAAAGGUGCCCUUAAUGAGAGUUGAAGGACCAAUUGCUAUCGUUCAACUGCUUGAAACUCCAUUUGUAAAUCUUGUGAACUAUGCAUCAUUAGUUACUACAAAUGCUGCAAGACACCGACUUGUGGCAGGAAAGCCAAAAACUCUCCUUGAAUUUGGACUUCGACGAGCACAGGGGCCUGAUGGUGGAAUAAGUGCCUCAAAGUACAGCUAUAUUGGUGGAUUUGAUGCAACAAGCAAUGUUGCAGCUGGAAAAUUGUUUGGCAUACCACUUCGUGGAACCCAUUCACAUGCCUUUGUUAGCUCAUUCAUGAGCCCUGAUGAGAUCUUGGACAGAGCACUUCCUAGUCAUGAUGGCUCUAGUACUUGCAAGGAUUUUGUUAGUCUGGUGCAGGGCUGGCUUAGCAAACUCCAGCGGACAGAUUCAUUGCGUGGUGUUUUUGGUGAGACAAAUCAGAGUGAGCUGGCAGCGUUCACAUCAUAUGCAUUGGCAUUUCCGAAUGACUUCCUAGCCCUCGUAGACACUUACGAUGUUACAAAGAGUGGAAUUCCCAACUUUUGUGCAGUAGCUCUAGCACUUAAUGAUUUGGGGUAUAAAGCAUGUGGAAUUAGGUUGGACUCUGGUGAUCUAGCAUAUUUGUCAUUUGAAGGUCGAAAUUUUUUUCAUGCAAUAGAAAAGGAAUUUAAGGUAGCUGAUUUUGGAAAAAUGACAGUUACAGCUAGCAAUGACCUUAAUGAGGAAACACUUGAUGCCUUGAACAAGCAGGGGCAUGAGAUAGAUGCCUUUGGUAUUGGAACUAAUCUGGUGACAUGCUAUGCUCAACCAGCCCUUGGUUGUGUGUUCAAACUAGUUGAGAUAAAUAACCAGCCUCGCAUUAAACUAUCUGAGGAUGUUACAAAGGUCUCCAUACCAUGUAAGAAACGAAUUUUCAGAUUGUAUGGAAGGGAAGGCUAUGCAUUGGUAGACAUUAUGACCGGAGAAAAUGAACCACCUCCUAUGGUAGGAGAGCGUAUUCUGUGUCGUCAUCCAUUCAAUGAAUCUAAGAGAGCGUAUGUUGUGCCACAACGUGUGGAAGAGCUUCUGAAGUGUUACUGGCUGGGAAAUUCAAAUAAACCAAGAGAUGAACUACCUUCACUCAAGAAGAUCAGAGCUCGUUGUAUGCAACAGCUUGAACAAAUGCGACCUGAUCACAUGAGGAGGUUAAAUCCAACACCAUACAAGGUAAGCGUGAGCGGGAAGUUGUAUGACUUCAUUCAUUUUCUAUGGCUCAAUGAGGCGCCAGUUGGUGAAUUGCAGUGAUAUACACAUGCAUACAUACAUGUAUGUAUGUAAGUAUGUAUUUAUUCAGGUGAUAAGACCUCAAUCAUCUCAGAAGAAAGAGGAAUCUCAAAGUAUCGUAGGCCCAUAUUUAAUUAAUAUUAUAGUAAUUUUUUUGGGUAUUUAAGGUGUCUGUAUGAUAACAUUUUUCCUAUUCAUGGCUCAUUCUCAUUAAGUUUUGGAAUUCUAUUGUAUGGAUUUCUUUGGGAGUUUGAUUUAAAGAAACCACAACAAUGGAAGAUUGCUGGCACGUCAGAUGUAUUUUUAUAUCCAAUUUAUGAGGAGGUGCCUUUCUAAAUGUGGUUUGUAGAAUGUGUCAAUCUUGGAAUUGUUGGCUGGAUGUUGGCUUGCAGCGAAAUUAAUAUUAUGCUUGUACAUUAGUUGAAUAA